AAUACAAGGGAUAGAUAGUCGGGGAAGUUCGACAAGCACUCAGCCUAAUCAGUACUCUCGUGAUCGUGAGAAGAGUAGGAGGUAAAGAUGUCGGAGCGAAAAGUUUUAAACAAAUACUACCCACCCGACUUCGACCCUUCAAAGAUCCCCAAGCUCAAGCUGCCCAAAGACCGGCAGUACGUGGUGCGGCUGAUGGCUCCCUUCAACAUGAGGUGUAAGACAUGUGGAGAAUAUAUCUACAAGGGCAAGAAGUUCAACGCCCGCAAAGAGACAGUGCAGAACGAGUCCUACCUGGGCCUGCCCAUCUUCCGCUUCUACAUCAAGUGCACGCGCUGCCUGGCAGAGAUCACCUUCAAGACAGACCCCGAAAACACAGACUACACCAUGGAACAUGGAGCCACGCGGAACUUCCAGGCUGAGAAGCUCCUGGAGGAGGAGGAGAAGAGGGUGCAGAAGGAACGGGAGGACGAGGAGCUGAACAACCCCAUGAAGGUGCUGGAGAACAGAACCAAGGACUCCAAGCUGGAGAUGGAGGUUCUGGAGAACCUGCAGGAGCUCAAGGACCUGAACCAGCGGCAGGCGCACGUGGACUUUGAGGCCAUGCUGCGGCAGCACCGCCUGUCGGAGGAGGAGCAGCGGAAGCACGAGCAGGCGGAGGAUGAGCGGGAGGCGGCGGCCUUAGUGGAAGAAUCUAGGAAACGAAGACUCCUGGAAGACUCCGAUUCAGAGGAGGAGGAUGCUCCCACCCAGCCCCAGCAGGCCUUCCUGCCCAACCCCACUGCCAUCCUGGAUGAGGCCCCAAAAGCCAAGAGGAAGGCGGAGAGCUGGGAGCGCAGUGUGGGCACCUUUGGCAACAGUCCCCAACUGUCUGGCCUGGUUGUGGUGAAGAAAACAGACCUGGGCCGCAGCAUCCAGCGAGGAGGAGUCCUGCCCACCCCAGACACCAGCCCCAGCCUCCAGGUUGGUUCCUGGACGUCCGCACCUCGGUGGUUGUGUCGUCGAUGCUCUGUGUGUGUGGCUCUUCGGACUCCCGGGAGAUGGAGAAUUAGGGUGAGGUCGGCCCGACGAGGUGGAAAGAGCAGGCUUCCAGGGCAGGCAUCCCUCUGCCUCCGCGCGCUCGUUCUGUGGCCUCGGUCAAGGGCCCUCAACCCCGGUCCUCAGUUUCCUGUCCUGGAAGAUGCUUAUGACAACGGGACCAACCUCGUAGGGCCUCGUAGGGUUUGGGGGCUGAUUCCAUGAGCUGCUCCAUGUCGGGCGCCUGCAGUAGAUCCUGGCAACCAGUGAGCCUUGUGGAUACAUGAGCCAUUGUUAUCAGAACAGUUAUUACCCCAUUUAUCAGAUGAGGAGACUGAGGCCCGGAGAGGUGAAGCCACACAGCCAGGGUGGGUGGUGGAGCCAGGGUCUGCCCCUCUUUGUCACUUGGGACUUGGAGUGAUUCCGUUUUCUGUGUUGCACCCCCGGCACGGGCACCUCUGCCCACCUAGAUCAGCUUUCAGAAGCGGAACUGCUGGGUCAAGGGGUGUACGGGUUUAAACCAUGAUGGGUCUGCCAGGCACUUUCCACAAAGGCUGCAAACAAGCAGGAAUGGCCGAGCCCGCUCUCCCAGCCUCACCCAGGCCGAGCCCGCCUGGAACUGUCCUGAGGUGGGCUGCCGGGACGAGGAGGCACGGUGGGCUAGCUCUCGCCUCUCCCCCAGAUGCAAUAAAGAAGAGGCACGGUGGGCUAGCUCUCGCCUCUCCCCCAGAUGCAAUAAAGAACGGGCAGGUGGCUGGCCCUGCGCCCCAGAAGU